CGGAGUGUCUAUCACUGCCAGAUACCUCGCGGACGCUCCCUUGAGGUUGCACGCUUUGCUCUGAUUUUCUACUCUGCCUGGGCUAGGAAAUAACUCUUCUGGAUCUGUUGGUUUGUGGUUACUUAGCAGGCAUACUGUCUUGAGCGCAGGAUGGGCGCGGGACAGUCCACAGCAUCGCAAGUUCCGCCGCGAGCUCUCCACGUCCUCCGUGUCACCCCUUCGUCGCCAGCUUCACAAACAACCAUCGAGCCCUUCUUCGAUUUUGUGAUUGGCUACAAGGGUGAUGCUCUCGACUCAUAUAAUACCAUUGACGCCUCGGAGCUAGAGCGCAUCGUCGAGAGUCAUGAAGGCCGCACCCUCAACCUCCUCGUAUGGAACAGCAAGUCCCUGGACAGCCGCACCGUAUCAAUAACGCCCUCGCGCGACUGGUCCGCACCUCGUUCGGACCUACCAGACCCGAAAGAGCCGGAAGCGGCAGAACGGAAGCCGUCCCUACUGGGCCUGAGCAUGCGUAUAUGCGAGCCGGAGUUUGCGUUGGACAACGUGUGGCACGUUCUGGACGUUCUCGAGGGUAGCCCCGCCGAAAGUGCGGGUCUCGUCCCAUAUGGCGACUGGAUUAUCGGCUGGUCCGGCGGCGUGCUCAGCGCGGAAGGAGACUUCUAUGAUGUUGUCGAGGCGCAUAUCGAGAAACCGCUGCGGGUGUAUGUGUAUUCUUACGACUUUGACACUAUUCGCGAAGUUGUCUUGAUUCCGAAUCGCCACUGGGGCGGCGAGGGUUUGUUGGGCUGCGUCUUCGGCUUCGGGUUGUUGCAUCGUAUACCCCCACUCCCGGCCGACCGCGAACCCGGUGCGAUACCUCCAGAAUUGGCACAAAACACCGAAGAGGAUUACGAGGAGCAGCAGCUUUUCGUGCCAGCCGACCUCCCUGAAACGGCGGAAACGCCCGAGGAGCACGAGGAGCGCUUGCAGUGGGAACAGGAGGAGUGGGAGCGGGUACAGUCAUAUGGCCAGAACUAUGUGCAUGACCAUGACCCUGCCUAUCAAACUUCUUCUGCGUAUCACGGGCGGGCCGGUGUGCAGCAUGCACACGGACAUGGACAUGGACAGGCGCAGGAAUACGACACGGAGAGCAGCGGCAGUGCGUCUGAGGUCGAGGUCGAGACGCCGCAUUCACAUCAUCCUGAGUACUAUCGUGACAGUCAUGCUCAUGACCACCACGACCGUGGUCACGACCAUAGUCACGCCCACGCCGACCAUCAUCGCUCCCAACAUCACUCUUCCGAAGACCAUGGUCAUAACCAUGACCGACAGACUGUACCUGCCCCCACGCCAGUCACUGUCGUCCAAGUCCAACCGCAAACUCAUGUCGCCCCGGUUCCCCGUUCGGCUCAGCCGCGGUCCCCCUCGGGUUCGCUCUCGAAUCCCAAUGUGCUCUCAAGCCCUCGCUCGUCAACCCCGACCCCUUCUCGGCCGUUCGGAGGAGUGGCAUACAUGAACGGUACUUCGUCGCGCCACUCCUGAACGUAUGAGCCGCACACUCAACGCUGCCUCUUCGUUACACGCUUGCCCUUCCCUCGGACUUGUGCCCGAACUCCAAUCCCGUGUGAAGGCCUGGACCUCGGGCGCAGCAUGAGCCCACGCGCGUCCUCGUGGAUGGGCAUGGGGACCGGUCAGUCACCAUCACGCCCAUCCAUGGACUCGCCCAUGAGGAGAGGAACCUGGAUGCGGCCCGGAGCAGGAGCAGUGGUGGGAGCGGGCACAACUCAUGACGAGGAGGACGAUGGCGACCUGGACGACUCUACAACAGACAUGACGGACACGACCGACGCCACCUCGACUUCUCAAGGCAGUCUCACCAGCGUUGACUAGGUUUCUCGGGUAAAGCUCCACGCCCCAGUGCUCAUCGCGCUAAGCGGUUGCACGGAUGUCAUUUACGGUGUAGAGAACGGGUCUACUCAUCACUAGAAACCCACGGGAAAUUGUCUCUGUGUAAUUAUAGGGCGCCUCAUCACGCCGGGGAAUCGAUUACGGUGUACAUCG